GUGUGUGUGUGUGUGCCCGCGCGCGCCUGUGUUAUAGCUCUGUCAAUCCUUGGAUUAGAACCAAUGAUUGCAGCUUGUAGGAGGGCUGUCCAGGGCCAGAUUGUACAAUGUGUCUCAGUGCCAGAGUAUGAGUGGAGAUAAUUACGGAGAAGUCAUACUCUCUCACACCCUCGGCUUUCUUGUUGUGUCCUUCAGCGAAACAGUGGAUUUAAAUCUCCGUGCAUGAGCUUGAGCUCAAAGCAGUCUAUUAGGAGAGAAAGGAAGAGAGAGGGGGGGAAGAAAACCGAACCUGACAAAAAAGAAGAAAAAGAAGAAGAAAAAAAGAAUCAUGAAAACCAUCCAGGCAAAAAUGCACAAUUCUAUCUCUUGGGCAAUCUUCACGGGACUGGCUGCUCUGUGUCUCUUCCAAGGAGUGCCCGUGCGCAGCGGAGAUGCCACCUUCCCCAAAGCCAUGGACAACGUGACGGUCCGGCAGGGGGAGAGCGCCACCCUCAGGUGCACGAUUGACAACCGGGUCACCCGGGUGGCCUGGCUAAACCGCAGCACCAUCCUCUACGCUGGGAAUGACAAGUGGUGCCUGGAUCCCCGUGUGGUUCUGCUGAGCAACACCCAAACCCAGUACAGCAUUGAGAUCCAGAACGUGGAUGUGUACGACGAAGGCCCCUACACCUGCUCUGUGCAGACAGACAACCAUCCAAAGACCUCGCGGGUCCACCUCAUUGUACAAGUUUCUCCCAAAAUCGUAGAGAUUUCUUCAGAUAUCUCCAUUAAUGAAGGAAACAACAUCAGCCUCACCUGCAUAGCAACGGGUAGACCGGAGCCUACAGUUACCUGGAGACACAUCUCCCCCAAAGCUGUUGGCUUUGUGAGUGAAGAUGAAUACUUGGAAAUUCAGGGCAUUACCCGGGAGCAGUCGGGGGACUACGAGUGCAGUGCGUCCAAUGAUGUGGCUGCACCAGUGGUACGGAGAGUAAAGGUCACCGUGAACUACCCACCGUACAUAUCAGAAGCUAAGGGUACAGGCGUCCCCGUGGGACAAAAAGGGACCCUGCAGUGUGAAGCUUCCGCUGUCCCCUCUGCCGAAUUCCAGUGGUACAAGGACGACAAAAGGCUGAUUGAAGGAAAGAAGGGGGUCAAAGUCGAAAACAGACCCUUCCUCUCCAAGCUCAUCUUCUUUAAUGUCUCCGAACAUGACUAUGGGAACUACACGUGUGUGGCCUCCAACAAGUUGGGCCACACCAAUGCCAGCAUCACACUAUUUGAACUAAAUGAGCCUACAAGCUCAAGUUUGUUGCAAGGUCCCGGCGCCGUCAGCGAGGUAAGCAACGGGACGUCACGGAGGGCAGGCUGCAUUUGGCUGCUCCCCCUCCUGAUCUUGCACCUGCUGCUGAAAUUUUGAUGUGAGUGCCACAUCCCCAGUGGGGAAAUUUGCCGCCACUGUCACCACCAACACAACAGCACCGACACUACGACAGCAACAAUUAAGAUAGAAUCAAAUGAAAUCUGGAAAAUCAAAGCCUAACGGGACAGAAAUUUGAGGGAGGGGAACAAAGAAUACUUUGGGAAACAAACAAAAGUUUUAAACAGGAAAUUGCAAAUUGCCUUGCAGAUGUCUAGGUACAAGCGAGUUUUCUUUCUUUUCCCUAACGGGAAGGAGGCAUACCGGCUUGGACCCACCCACAAGCUGCCCUAUGCAGCCUUCAGCUGCCAGGGUGGGCAAGGGCUCAGCCAGUCUGCCCACUGAAGCGCCCCGACCGUGGAACAUUCUGGAGGCGGCCACCCAGCCAGCCAACAGAGGUGCGCUCGCGUGAAAUGCGUGGCCUCAGGUGUGCUGCCACGGGCCCUUCGGUGGACUGCCGCCGCCCUGUGUGUUGCGGAUGUUGAGAUCUAAAGAACAGAAGACCAGGAACCAAUACAAGACAGCCUGACAGCAACAACAGCCCCACCACCGAGUCACAAACGAUGGCAGUCAACUUUUUCUGGUUUGUUUUUCCUUUACUACAUGGACAUCACGGAGAAUAAGGGAUUCUGACUCAUGAUUAAUUUUAUUAAUUAUAUUUUCUGAGUCUAGAGCUUAAUGUAAAGGCAAAGAUAAGAAAAUACACAAAUGGAAGGGGUGAAAAGAAGCGUGUUUGUUAAGCACUAAAAAUGCAUAGUGUGCUUCUUAACUAGGUUUACAAUGGGUGGGCCACACACUGGGCAUUAACCACCUGGUGAGUAUUUGGCACAGCCACCAAAAACCACAUCUGACUCAACCAACAUAUCCACCAGCGCGACAGAUUCUUCCUCAUUCCGGCAAUUCAUGCACACAGUACCAUGAUACCCACAUGCUGGCUAGAACAGGAAGAUGGGCUGCACUGUCUCGGCUUCGUUGGCAAUGCUUCUUUGAAUGACAUAUAUUAUACAGUAUAUAUAUGCAUAUAUUUUUUUUGUUAGAGUUCUAGCCAUUUAAUUUCCCAACAGGGCCCUUUCUCAGACAUUACUGCAUGCUGUAUAUGGCGUUAGCUGUGUGUUGAUCUUCUACAAGAUGAUAGAGUUUACUGGUAAUUGUGUAAUCAGCUCCUGCUUUUUUAUUUUCUUGGGUUAUUCACAUGUCAGAGACACUUGUUAAAAAAGUAAAAGAAAAAAGCAACAGCAGCAACAACUAAUACCAGGCGCAGCACCUUCUCAGGUGUGGCUCUUGAGGGAAGGGUCCCAGGUGGCCUUGCUCCCUCAGCCAUGCCCCGGGCAUUAACAAGCAGCAAGCCGCUGAACAAACUCACUGUUGGUAACCACUUGCUUUUGCCCAUCAUGGGAAUUUCUGAUGGCUUUGUGACAGACCGCUGGAGAAUUUAAUCCUCUUGGUUUAUUUUAUUUAAUUUCCCACUUUUGUGUGAGUGUGUAUGGAAGAGGAGAAAAUGCAGUUUUUAGGUAACCUUUUCUUUUCCUCCCCUGGAAUUUUGAGACCAGAGAGGCCUCGGGGAGGG